AUGGAGACUGGAGUGGAACCUGCAACUUUCAACCAUCGCCUAUUGCGGAGUUGCAUUCUCAGCAUUAGCCUACUACCUGCAAACAUGGUGCAUCAGUUACAAGGGACCAGUCUUUGCAGCUAUGUUUAUUCCACUUCAAGUCAUUAUAGUGGCAUUGUUCUCGGCAAUUUAUUUCGCAGAAUGACUUCACUUUGGCAGCUUGAUCGGAGCGUUUCUCAUUAUUGUGGGCCUUUACUGUGUGCUGUGGGGAAAGAAGGAAAGACACUCUUGUUGCUGAACAGACAGAGAAUGGAAACAGGGUACUUGAAGACAUUAAAGUGCUGGAGAAUGAUAUUUCAGUCAUAA